AUGUCGGCUAUGUCCGCUGCUUCGACUCCUUCGUCAAGUUCGACGAACUCCCCUGCUCCUCUCGCACCAGCCGUGCCGUCCCGCCAACCGUCGCUUUCCGUGAAGCCGCUGGCUGCUGCUGGUACGCCUACGCCGGUACCCCUCAAGCCCACAACUAUCACGUCAAAAGAAUGGGUUAUUCCCCCUCGACCUAAACCUGGACGCAAGCCAGCUACAGACACCCCACCAACAAAACGGAAGGCUCAAAAUCGCGCUGCUCAGAGAGCGUUUCGCGAGAGAAGGGCAGCAAGGGUUGGCGAACUAGAAGAGCAAAUCAGGCAAAUUGAAGAAGAGAAUGGGAGACAGACAGCCGCAUGGAAGGAGCGUAUAGACCAUAUUUCCGGCCAGCUGGAACAAUGCAAAAUUGAAAUAUCAUGGUGGAAGAAACAAUGCCAGACUCUAGAGACCAACCUUGCAGCGGAGAAAAAGGCCAAGGAAGAGUUGAUGCAAAGGGUUCAGCUUGCAGAACAAGUAUCCGAAGUGGGAGGGAUGGCCGCUACCUGUGAGAACUGCUCCUCAACACGAUGCCAAUGCAUCGAGGAUGCUUUCGGGCUUUCCAACGCUGCUCCUGACCAGCAAGACGAGAGCACCCCAAAAAGAGCACACUCUCCGCACCAGACAAAUUCAUCAAAACGCCACAGACUAGAUACUAAUAUCAAAACAGAACCGGAGGAGUUGGAAACCGAUUUCACCGCCCUGUUCUCUGGCAACCGCGACCGUACUAUUCGAGCCACAGAACCGUCGGUGUCUCCCUCUAGAAUCAUAGACCAUUGCGGCUUUUGUCAAGAUGGCACGCCGUGCAUGUGUGCGGAAAUGGCCGCCGAGGAGGAAGAAAUGAAUUCGGGCCCCGCCAAAUCACCCGAAAAAGGCAAUAGAUUAACAAUCAGAAACCUAUCCCAAUUUACCCCUCCUCCUUCGGAUGGCGACGUCUUAUCCGAGCCCGUUUACUCAGCAAACCCAAACAAAUCUAAUCCAUGCAUCAACGGACCCGGAACCUGCGCACAAUGCCAAGCCGACCCCAAAAGUACGCUCUUCUGCAAGAGCCUCGCCGCCUCUCUCGCCAGCAACGCCGCUGCCCCCGGAGGCUCAGGAUGUUGUGGAGGUGGCGGACCAGGCGGCGGAUGCUGCCAAUCCCAGUCCCAACUGCAAAGACCCACCUCAUCCCAACUCUCAUCAUCAACAUCGUCAGCUCAACACCAUCAACCCAUCACCCUCUCCUGCGCAGAUACCUACACGGCACUGUCGCGUCAUCCCAAAUUCUCCCGCGCCGCGGACGACUUGAACACCUGGCUACCGCGCCUGCACACCCUGCCUAAUCCCCGUGACCUCCCGCAGUCGAAUUAUGGCGGUCGGCCGGCGAUGGAGGUCGAGGCGGCGAGCGUUAUGGGCGUGUUGAAGUAUUUCGAUAGACGGUUUGCUGACUAG